AUGGAACCCAACAAGCGAAGGCUUAUCUAUGCCAGCCCACCACAACCUCACGAUUCGCAUCCCCCUCCCCAGCAUCCUCCCCCAGAAGCCGUCAUCGAAACCCUGCAAUCGCAAUCCCCCGUAAUCCGUCACCAACCCCUCGUAACGCGCUACGAAAAGGUCCCCGUGCCCCUCGACUCCGUCGUCUCGGACGCCCACUUUCUCGAAGACGGCUCCCGCCUCGCAUGCUACAAAAUCUACGAAAAAGUCACCGUCGUCCCCGGCGUCAAGAAGGAAAUCAGCUUUCCCGCCGUGCUGCAAAAUAUCCCCAACGGCCUGCGGUCCCGCGCCGAGGCGCCGGGCGGCGUGCGGGUCUGGUCCGAGUGGCUUGUCGUGCCUAGGCCAGAGGAGAGGUGGCGCGGCGAGCACGGGGGCAAGUUGGAAGGGUACGUGGAGGGGGAUUAUGAUCUCGUUGAGACGACGAGGGUGGAGACGAGUCGGAUGUUGAUGCCGCUUGUCAAGGGGCAGAUGGAGGGGGCGCAUCGGGAUAUGGUGAAUAAGAUGCUGGAUGAGGUUGCGCAAAAGGUCGGGAGGGCGAAGAUGUAG